GCUAUUCCUUUUCCAUGAACAGCAAAUAUGCUUUAGUGAAUUUGGAUCACGUGACUAAUUUGCUGCUGCUGCAUGCUGCGUAUGAAAAGGCACCUUAUGGGUUAUACUGUGUACGGAACUACGGAAGCCGCCUCUACCUAUCCACGUUAUGUCUAUGGACACGCUCUCGGUUGUUUGAGGUUAGUGUCGUCCGCGACAGUGCAGUUUACGCCGAAAAUUGGGAGACUUUUCCAUCGAAAAUGGUCGAGGCGAUGCGUCAAACCGUGACUGGAAUGCUCAAAGGCAUCGAAAGAUACAAUCCAGACAACCUCGCGACUCUAGAGAAGUAUGUGGAAGUACAGUCGAGGGAGAACGCGUACGAUCUGGAGGCAAACUUGGCCGUGUUGAAGCUCUACCAGCUAAACCCGCACCGAUUCAACAUGGAUAUCACGUGUCAGAUACUGCUCAAGGCACUGACCAAUCUACCGCACACCGAUUUCGUGCUGUGCAAGUGUUUGCUCAGCGAAAAACUUAUGUCGGAGAGUCCCAUUAGUCAAAUCAUGUAUCUGGGAGAUAUCCUGGAGCGAUGUGACUUUCAGCACUUUUGGGACAGGGUUAUGUCCAUGUCGGAGCUCUGCGACAGGAUCGUAGGCUUCCAGGAUUCGAUAAGGAAGUUCGUGUGUCACGUAGUAGGAAUCACGUUUCAAACGAUAGAGAGGGGACUCCUGGCGCAACUGCUCGGUGGCGUGGACGGUAUAAUAUAUCAAUCUAUCACUUUAUUACACUUCAGUGUACAUGCCAAGAAGUGGGACUUGGUUUACAAUUAUCACCUUACCUCGUUCGCACUUUUAUUAUCCCCCCAUACAUUAGAUCGCAUACACUCGCUAAUUUCAACAUACUCUUCUACUUCUACUGCCUUAUCUAGUCCUAAUCCUGUCCCUUAAGGCCUGUGUCCACGAUGCUAGAACUUGGUCCAAGU